AUGACAGAUCUUCAGAAGGUAUCUGCCUUCCCUGCUGCCGGCAUGGUUCGAGCCACUGACGGUAUAGGUCAUUAUCAUCGGGGCGGGGCCUACAAGCCUCGCAGCAGAUCGGCAGACGGGUAUUUUGCGAGUCUCAUCGAGCACCUCGAGUACUCGUUCCAACUGGAGAUUAAGGGCCAAAUGGGCGCUAAUGGCGACUGGUAUGGGUUUGACACCUAUGCUAUCGCCAGGCGUCUUAUAAUGGGGCUUGUUGCGAAGCUACUUGUGAGCGAUCUUUGUCGAGACCCGGCAAUUAUUGAUCUGUUCUGUGAAUAUACGGCGGAGAUGUUGAUCGGAGGGCCGCAUAUUAGGGCCUUUCCGGUGCUUCUCAGACCAAUAAUUGCACAUUCAACCCGUGUUGCCCAGCUGUCAAAUAAAAUGCAACAGGUCUUCCUCAACCUGAUCAAAUACCGGAAAGUCAAGUCCGAGAAGAUGGCAAAGGAAGGCAACCAGCCCGAAGACGUAACAGACUGGUUCUGGCGCUGGUCUCAACAUGAUGGUAACAAUGGUCUAACAGAGCUAGACAUCGCCCAGCUCCUUGCAGCAAACACUUUCGGUGCCAGCUUCAACACCACUGUCGUCCUAGUCCAAUGUAUCUGCGAGCUAGCCAGCAGGCCCGAAUAUGUCACUCUCCUGCGCGAGGAAGUAACCUCGACGCUGAGGAAACACAAUAACACCUGGACCAAAGAAGGGCUUGAGUCGCUGAAAAAACUAGACAGUUUUAUCAAAGAGUCCCAUCGGUACAACUGUUUUGAUGUGAUGGGUGCUCCGCGCGUGGUGAAGCAGAACUACACAUUUAAGAACGGCCUAGCCAUUCCAAAGGGGACAGUCCUCUUUUCGCCGAACAGGGCUAUGUUGUUUGAUGAGAAGUAUCUAGCUAAUCCGAAUGAGUUUGAUGGGAUGAGGUUCUAUGACCUUGCUAUGGGAAGGGGUCUGACACGCCCGAGGCUUUCAGGUACACGGCGACGAAUUCGCAUUAUCUUCAAUUCGGGGAUGGGAAGCAUGUUUGGUAAGUUCAAUCAGUAUCCCCAUUCCAGAGGCCUUUGGCUUUCCCUUGGAGCCACGUAUCGAUAUUAG